AUGAAGAUGAAUGGUAAGAUACAGUAUGCUGUCGAAACCUUGUUUGACCUCGUUCAUCUGCCAGGGCAGCGACGAAAACAGAUAGAACACGACUUUCCGAAGCAGAAUCUUACAAGAAUCACAGUGCUCAAGCCUACCAACCAGGCACUAGCGAAACAUCUCUUGGGUUCUUCAUCUCCCUACUACGCAGACCGUAUGUUCACCGACACAUAUGCCACAGAUUCCUACCAGAAUGUGCUUCUUUCUCUCAUCUCAUUUCGAAAACAAACUUCAAAGUACCCCGCCCAUAUAACAAUCAUUUCCCAUGACUUCAAGAAAAGCAGAUUCCUGGACCUCCAUCUCAAAGCUAUCAAAUGGCCCAGAGAGCGGGUGUCGUAUAUAGGUAUUGACCCACCAGAAGAAAUCAGCUCGAGAGGGGAAUUAGAUAUCAAUGAGGCAGAGGCUGUUGGCGCGUGGGAGAGGGAUCUGUAUGGUGUUGGCACGGAGCUGGCGGGGAAAAGGCGGAAAAGGGGAUGGAAGGAUGAUCUGGUUAGCCAGUUGUGUGCAGAAGGGGGUGGCAAUGCUUUGGAGGUGGAGGUCUGUAAGCUGUUGGGUUGGGGAGGGGGCAGAGACGGGACAAUGGUAUUUCCAGAGACAUUACCUUGGGAAAAGAUGGCUAGAGAGUGA